AUGAUAUUCCCCAUCACCAUCGCUCAUCUUAUCCCAAAACCUCGUCUAUCGUAUCAAGUGCUGGCUUUCGCGUUGACCUUCCUGGUAUAUGUGAUGGUCCACGCCACCCGUAAGGCCAUAUCGAGCGCAGCCUCCCUUCUCAAAGAUCCCCAGUUUGAUUAUCCCACGGUCUUCUUUGGCGUCAUGGAUGUGGUCUUCAUGAUAUCGUACGCAUUAGGCAUGCUCAUGACAGGUGUACUCGGAGAUAUGUAUAACCCAAUCCUUGUCUCGUUAGUUGCUGUAUCCCUCGCAGCCAUUGACCAGUGUAUAUUUGGUCUACUUGUGGUCCACUUUACAGCUCCGGGAAUGUACUAUUUCUAUUACGUCUUGAACGCCUGCAACGGAGUUUUCCAGUCCGCUGUAUGGCCGGUUCUUGUUAAGAUCAUGGGUAAUUAUUUUGGCGACAUGCAUUCUGGAAUUAUAUUCGGUGUAUGGGCGACCAACGCUGCAGUUGGCAACAUAGUAGGGGCUAAUCUCGCUUCGUUGAUGAUAGUCAUAUUUGGCGAGACCGGCAGAGCAGUCAUUUCUGCUACCUUCAUCACACCUGCAGUGAUACUAGUGGCUGUGGGCUUGCUUACUUUCAUGACACUUCCGGUUAGUCUUGAUAAGGCCCUCUACAGGGUUAUUGGUCAGUCGAGUAACGAAUCGAGUCCCUCGGGGAUCGAAGCUGAGCCUGCUCGCUCUGGUGAGUUACAACCUUCGGCGUCGGCCGAGCACCAAGCUCAGGAACGCAUCAAGUUCUGGAGGGCGUGGCUGAUUCCGGGGGUGAUAACUUUCGCUUUGGCCUAUGCAUGUGUGAAAGGUGUCAACUACGCCAUGUUCUUCUGGCUUCCACUCUACUUGCAUGAACAUGCCCAUCUCUCCCCGGAGCAAGCUAAUCUCCUCGACACCAUAUACAAUAUCGGUGUGGUUGUUGGAAGUCUCGCCUGUGGUUGGUUGUCAGAUGUGAUGGCUGUUGUGCCGGGGUCUGGUAGAGCCCCAUCCCUAUUCCUCUUCCAACUCCUAGCACUCAUCCCAGUAUCAUUGUUACACGUUGAUGAGCCCACCACUGUCUACCUCUACGUGAUGCUCUCUUUGGCUGGCUUUUUCAUCGGUGGCGCUGCUAACAUUGUCUCUUCGGCAGUUUGUACUGACCUGGGUCGACAGGAUGCUCUUAAAGGCAAUAGAGAAGCAACUUCCCAAGUUGCAGGCAUCAUUGAUGGAGUCGGUGCAUGUGGUGCUGCUGUGCAGCAAGGACUCGUGUCGUGGAUAGCUACCUAUUCUUGGGAUGGGGUUUUCAUCUUGCUACCUAUUGCUCUUGGACUGUCGUGUAUACUCAUUGCGAGACUGACGUUCCGAGAGUCUAAAGCCUACUUCCUUGGGCGGUUCCGUAGUAGGACAGACAGAGCUGAAUCAACUUUCUCAAAGAAAAAUUUUCCGGAGAGCUAAAAAAACUCUAUGGUGCGUCUUGCUUUUGCGAGGUACACUCGCUGGUUCAUCAUAUCACACUUUAUGCUUCACAACGCGUGGAAUCGUUGCUCGU